AGCGUGCGGCGCGCCGGUCUGCGAGCUGCUGGCGUCCAGACUGACGAGCAUCGCCACCGCCCCGAAGCAGCGACGUACAGGAAAUGAGCCGCGCCGCUAGAAGAGCCGCAGUCUUCUUCCGUUAGCCCCAGUGCGCUGCUCGUGAUCGUGGAGUAACGCUAGCAGGUGCAACCAGCCGCCCCAUCCCACGCAGACGUCCGCCGCCCGCACCAUGGCCACUCAGAUCGACAAAGACGCCUGCAGAGAGGCUUACAACCAGGUCAGAGACGACACCACGGACACCACUUGGGCUGCGUUCAAGUACGACGGCUCCACGAUCGUGCCCGCGGAUCAAGGAAGUGACUACGAGGACUUCAAGAAACUGUGCACAGACGAUGCCCGUGUGUUCAUCUACCUCCGGAUUGUGACGGGGGACGCCAUGAGCAAACGGGCUAAGUUCGUCUUCAUCACUUGGGUCGGUGAGCAGGUCGGUGGGCUGCAGCGGGCCAAGAUCAGCACAGACAAGGCGACGGUCAAAGGCAUCAUUCAGAUCUACGCCAAGGAGUUCCUGGUCAGCGACCUGAGGGAGCUGGAAGAAGACUACAUCCGCCAGGAGCUGAAGAAGGCGGGCGGGGCCAACUAUGACGCUCAGAAUGAGUAGCCACGUGCCACCGGGCACUGGAGGGGUGGGGGUUGGGGUUGGGGUGGGCUUUGGUGCAGGGGUGGGGUGGGGUGGAAUCAGCGGGGGGCGGGCCUGCUACCUGUUUGGGUGAGGCAGGACGGACGGGGCCGAGUACUGCACCCACGAACACACACAUUUUACUGUCAAAGCGAGGCGGCAGCCAGCAAUUAGGUCAUUUGCAAGCGCACAGAGUCGCUAAACAAAGCAGAGGCGUGCCAAGCCAGCGGCGUUCCCUCAGCGAGCGGCCGAACGCCGGCACCGCAGCUCCACGCUCGCGCUCGCCCGUCUCCUGCAGCAGAACAAAGCUGAUCCCAGCUGGACCUUACUGGGUCCCUGCAGCGCAUUCCACAGGCACAGAGCGGAGCUGAAAACCACCUUUCUUUUGUCCGGUUCAGUCAGGACAACUAGCAGAUUGUAGGAAACGAGGGGAUCAGCGCUGAGUGUAACUUCACUAAAUGAUCACAUAUGAGACGACGAGUCCCUCCUGCCCUCGGCCUCAGUCCGGUGCAGCCGCCCCCCAUCGUCCUCGCGUUGCUUUACUACUGGUUUGCUAUGAAUGUUGAUGAGGAUGUGAAACGCUGAAGAGCUUCACUUCAAAAGGCGGCGCCGGCGGCGGGACCACGUUGUGGAGCGAGCGAUGCCUGGAGGCGCCUGCUUUUUGAACUGAAGCCCUUUUCUUUCCAGCACAUGGUGGAUUCCAGAACAUGCUCCUAGUCGUGAUACACUGUACAGAGGAAAGAGCUCCUGACGCCACGGGUCCUGCUCAACUCCUCCCGUCCUGAGAGUGGACUCUUUCCUUCUGGCGCUUCAUCUCAUGAUGUACUUGAACCGUGUUUGACUGCCUUAGUUGCCCCAGAGAGAGAAGGGCAUCAUGGGAGUUUGUAGACACUACACUGUGAUUGGCUCUUCUCCUUUCAUCAUGUUACCAUUCCAGCCUGAAGGAGCCUCUCCUCAGUUGUAGCAUCUCCGUUUGUUUCGAGCCUCUGGCCCCCCCACCCUGUCUGCUACAUGAUUUUUAUCUCCUCUGAAGAACUUUAAGAUUUGAUUUUCAUUUUGGAGAGGGCCGUCUUAGUGAUUGGUCAAAGGGAUUUUCAACAGAUAAUAAUAAUAAUUAAAAAAGAAGAUAAAACUGAAUGGGCACAAGAUUCAUUUCAAAAUAAAAUGUGAUGUUUUCCUAAA